ACAAGAUGGCUGCUACUGUAUCAUUUCGAUGGCUAGAAAUUUUGGAAAAAGAGUUUGAUAAGGCGUUCGUAGACCUUGAUUUAUUGUUGGGUGAAGUAGACCCCGACCAGUGUGAGCUGACUUACGAUGGACGUCAGAAAAUGACUGCAUUAAGCGCUGCAUUUGCCCAGCUUUGUCAUAAAUCUCAGACAAUUUUUCAAACAAACGCAAAAUUAGAGGCACAAGUUGUGGACUUGAAACAGGAGGCUGUGGAGGUCAGUGCCAGCAAGGCUGUCCUGGAGAAGGAGCUCCACAAUGUUCUCAUGCAGCUCCACUCCGCACAGUUACAGCUACAGGCCAGCAAGGGGCUCGAACUAGACUCUGAGUCCAUCAAGAAAAAAAUGGACACAGAAAUGGAAUCUCAUUUGGCAGAGGGCCGGAACCUGGCUGUUCUAGAAGCUAAGGUGAAGGCAAUGGAACGUGAGAACACAGAGAUGCGGCAGUAUGCCCUUGCUCUACAGAGUGAGGUUUAUGGAGCAAGACUCGCAGCUAAAUAUCUUGACAAAGAACUGGCAGGCAGGAUACAGCAGAUUCAGCUGCUGGGUCGGGACAUGAAGGGGGCAGAGCAUGACAAACUCUGGAACCAGCUGGAAGCCGAGAUCCAUCUCCAUCGACACAAGACUGUCAUACGAGCAUGCAGGGGGCGCUCCAACAGGAAGAAACGCCUUCCUAUUCCACCUGGACAUGAUUUCAACUCAUUACGAAGAAGGCAUGGCUUGGGUGACAUGCGCAGGGUUAACCUACACAAAGACCCAGAGGAGGGACUGGGAAUGUCUAUAACUGGUGGCAAGGAGCAUGGAGUACCCAUCCUUAUAUCAGAAAUCCAUGAGGGGCAGCCGGCUGACCGCUGCCAGGCCCUGUUUGUGGGUGAUGCAAUCCUCUCUGUGAACAAGAUAGACCUUCGCAAUGCCAAGCAUGCGGAGGGCGUACGAAUACUCUCAGAACAGCAAGGUGACAUAGAGCUUGAGGUGAUGUUUGUGGCUCCGGACGAGGACAGUGACCAGGACACACAAGACUGUGAAGACGAACACAAGUUCAGGUAUCGUAUAUAUGACGAGGAAGUUGUGGGUGUAGGUGGAGAAAAUACCGUGCCUCUGAGGCUCAACCCCCUUGACCAAAGGGAAGGCGCUCCUGCACUCACCACUAAUGGGGUCGCCUCCCCUACUUCGGCCAGGCCACAAUCUCUGUCACAAACAAAUAGUGUAAAUGUAAGCUACAAUUGUUGGUCAAAACUUGUGAAUGCAAACAGAAUUCCAGUAUGCACAAACAGCCCAAGUAAAUCCCAGAAUGUAGCUGGUUUGUUGGGAGCAAAUGCGGGCUCCCAAUCGAGCCCAGAGUCAGAUGGGGGCCAGAUGUCUGUUGGUGCCCUGCACAUUGACAAUGUUCAGCAACACUCCCUCUCCACCGACCAGUCAGCAUUCCAUAGCUCCUACCACUGAUGUUCACCUGCUUUCUAGUUCAUAUACUGUACAUUGGUUUAAUUCCAUGAGGUUUAAAAAAAAAUUCUUUUAAACAACAAUUAGGUUGCAGACUUAAAAACUAAUGAAAUAUUUAUAAACUGUUUGUUUUUGAUAAUAAAGUAAUGGUAUCAUGAUUUAAACCCUAAAAUGACCAUAAAUAUGUGAGAAAAAAAACCCAUAAAAAUGUGAAAAAAGACUUUGUGGAAUUAAACCAAUCUGUAUUAAUUGUUAGUGAUUCUGCAAAUUGUACAUAUAGUGUAUUAGUACAUGUAUUAAUUAUAGAAAACCAAAUGUCUUCUAAAGACAAACAGCUCAUAAGUAACAUUUCUCCACUCUACUGUAUUUUUUAUCUAGUGACCAUUUUCAAAGUCAAUUACAUGUUUCCUUCUGUCAAAACACAUAAAAACUAUGGUAACUUUGUUUACGACUGUUAUUAUUGUAUUACCAAUUAUAAACCAAUUGUAUGUCGCAUUAGGACUCUAAACUUACAUCUUUUAAUGAAUUGUGUUUUAAAAUGUCUUUGGUGUAUUUGUUUCAUUACUCUAUCAUAUGUUGUUACUCUCUGAGUCUAGUAUGAUACAUGUUAUCAUGUGUGCUCAUUCACACAGAUACAGCAUUAUAGUCCCAGAAUUAUACUGCUGAUUUAUAGUUGAUAUAUAGGGAAUAUCAUCGUAGUUAUUUUAUCUAUUGGUCUGUAUCACUUUGAGCUGUGUAGGUAAAGGCCAUAUUCCACAAGACCGAAGGUCAAUGUGAUGAACCUUACACAAGCCACUUGAAGUAAUACAAUCAUCCAAAAUAUUGACCUACAAACAUAGUAUUUAUUUUAUUUAAUGCCUUUUAGGUAUUCUUUAAAAUAAAAUUGUAAUUGUUUUCUUUACAAAAGCAUUUUAAAUUGAUGAUACACGUCCUAUUUCUUUCGCGUAGUAUUGAAGAAGCAACAUGAGCACUUCACUACUGUGUGAUAAGGAAUCCGAAAAUCUAGAAAAAUAGUACUAAUACAGAUUUUUUCUCUGGUUUCCAUAUGUUAUUUUUUUAUCUUGAAUUUGGGAUGGACAUUUACAGGUUUAAAAUAUAUAUAUGAUAUUAUAAUCAGAUUAUGCGUUUUUAUUUCUAAUUACGUUUUUUUACUCUUAUAUGACCAUUUGUAAUAAAUAAAACAUAAUGUAUAUGAAACAAAACAUAUGAAUAACCUCUGUAGGGUUUAAGCCAUGUUUUAAAAAGGGCAUGGUGGUAAAAUGAGGUAAUAUUGGGUUUUAAUUGCCAAAUAUGUAAAGAUAUUUAUAAUGUACAAAGUUUUAAUCGAAAUGAGAAACAUUUGGUUAUGUUUGGCAUUUAAUUCUUUGAUGACAGAAAGAUGCACAUGCUGGUCUCCGGGAGGACAGAAGGGAGUUACGCAGAUAAGGACAGGGUGCAGCACCCUUCCAUGACUCUUUUGUAAUCAGUACCUCUACUGUAUUUUCUUGAAAAUCCACAUGAAGAUAUUUUGAGGUUUAUUUAACUGUUAACAACUAAUUUAAAUCAUUUUUUUUUCAAAUGAAAUCUAACCAUGAAUUGUGAUGGUCUAUACCAGUUUUCUUCAAAGUCUUAAUGAAUUUUAUUGAUACCAUUUUCAUGUAAGUGUUUAAGCUAAUGUGAUCACUGGAGGUUUUCUGGGUAAAUCAUGUAGAAAGGCUGGGAUAGACAUGACUGCUUAAGUUCAAAUUCUUCAUUAAUUGUUUUUAUUAACUGGGUUUUAAGUGGGUCUGUGUAUGAGAGCUUUCUAGUAUAGUCAUUUACUCAAAUACUAAGGAAGUUAUUGUUUAAUCUGCGCAAUGCCAAACAAUUAAGUCGACAGCAGGGCUGGGCAUGGCUUAUUCUGGUUUAAAGGUUUAGUAAAGCAGAAAUAAACUAUAUAUAUCACAUAAAAAGCACAAUUUUAUGAAUGAGAUUUCUACUAUCAUAGUUGUAUGACUUUGGAGAAGUCGCUGCAUCAUUUUGCAACUUUUAUAUUGAGAAUGUUUUUGUUAGAAUUGUUCUAGUAUAUAAAAUGAAGGUGCGAUUUAAAAAAUACAAUAACCCAAAUGAUUUGAUUAAAUGAAUUGUUAGCGUUAUGGAAUAGAUAGUUUUGUUACUUUUGCAUGUACAUAGAUUUUGCGACAAUAUUUCAUUUGAGUGGUAUGAUGUAAAUGGGCUCAUUUCUCUUUCAUCAAUACCAUCAGCAUCUAGUUAUGAAUAGUAUCUAUUUACAAAACUGAGUAAUUUGAUGCAACACAUUCACAAACCAUUUAUUUAGUGUAAGUACAUACUAAUAAUCUUUUAGUUUUUUAGUGGUUUACAUUAUGUUGUUUUAACUACUCAAUAAUGGGCAAACCACUUUUAUAUCUACCACUUCACAUGAUUAAUAUCAAUAAUGGCUGAGGGCUUAUUUACUGAAAUAAAUAUACUGGCAAAUUUGAAGUAUACUGCUGCCUCAUUGGACAAAAGAUAAUGUUGACCACUAAUGUAGGUAGGUUAGCGCAGUGGUUAGCACACUCACUUCUCACCAAAGCGACCCUGGUUCGAUUCCUGACCUGGGUGCAUGUGAGUUUGGUUAGUGGUCACCAAGUCGGACGAGUGGGUUUUCUCUGGGUACUUAAGUUUCCCCCACAACACAAGACCACACUCUCGUGCAACAUUGUGCCAACGAGAGGGACUUAGUAUAAGCUAUCAUAGCUACCUUCACAAUCGUUGUAGAAUAUAUAAUGUUUAAAGUAAUGUAGGUAAAAGCAGUGUUAACCGCUAGCCUUAUAAAUGUAUCUGUCAAGUAGUAACAUUAUAGUGGAGGAUUUUUAAAUAUCUUUAAUCUCAUAAAUCUUAGAUAUAAAUCAUUAGAUGCAUGUAGUGGUUAUUCCAUCGUGCCUUUCAGGUUAACAGUGGAAUAUCAAUUGCACGAUUGUCACCUCCUUUCAACAUAUGCAUAUAAUCUGUGCAAUUGCAACAGCAUGGCAAAUUAACCAUUGACAGUGCACCAAUGGGAGUUGUACAUAUAUCUGUAGGUAAAGUAAAUAGCUUUAAUUGAAUUAUUGAUAUAAAUUGUGUUGAAUGUAAAAAAAUGAGACUAUAUUUUUCAACUCUUUUGCUAAAGACUCAAGAUAACAAUCAAAGUCCUCAUGCAUCUACCUUUAAAUUUAAUGGUUGACCAAAUGUUCAUAGAAUAUUGCCAUUUGGCAGCAGUUUAAAAAAAAACCUAAUGAAUGACAUAGUUUUCGCCACCAAUCUAUUGAUACACAUAGUUUUCGCCACCAAUCUAUUGAUACACAUAGUUUUCGCCACCAAUCUAUUGAUACACAUAGUUUUCGCCACCAAUCAAUUGGUACACAUAGUUUUCGCCACCAAUCUAUUGAUACACAUAGUUUUCGCCACCAAUCUAUUGAUACUCAUAGUUUUCGCCACCAAUCUAUUGAUACACAUAGUUUUCGCCACCAAUCUAUUGAUACACAUAGUUUUCGCCACCAAUCUAUUGAUACACAUAGUUUUCGCCACCAAUCUAUUGAUACUCAUAGUUUUCGCCACCAAUCUAUUGAUACUCAUAGUUUUCGCCACCAAUCUAUUGAUACUCAUAGUUUUCGCCACCAAUCUAUUGAUACACAUAGUUUUCGCCACCAAUCUAUUGAUACACAUAGUUUUCGCCACCAAUCUAUUGAUACUCAUAGUUUUCGCCACCAAUCUAUUGAUACACAUAGUUUUCGCCACCAAUCUAUUGAUACACAUAGUUUUCGCCACCAAUCAAUUGGUACUCAAGUUUAUGCCACAAUUUUUUUUCUAUUUUCACCAAUCUGUUAAACCAACCAUCAAAUUCAAUAGGAGCCAUGCAUUAUUAAUUUAAAGUUUAAAAAUGAACCAUAUUUGCCUUCAAUAUCACAGUUAUUGGUUGCCGUUCAACAUUGUUUCAUUGUAAGAUUGUAUAGCAUACUAAAUAUAAAAUCCUUUAAUAGCUACUCUGUAUGUGAUAUCACAAUGAAGGUUCAUACUACAUGUAUAUGUACAUGCACAUCUUGUAUCAUAUGGGUUAUUUAUACCUUUUAUAUAUUAUGUUUGUUUAUUUAUUUUGUUAUGAUUGUUAAAAUGUUGUAUUUGUCCAUGUUUAUUAAGUAUUGUAAACCUUGACCAACUUGAGGGAAAACUAAUAAAAAACUGAGAAUCUGA